AUGGGCAGUGUAGGGAGCGGCGCGUCAAGUCAACGGCCCAUCACCAUGCGCAGCGUGGGCACCCGCACGACUCCUAAUGGCCCACUGGCAGCCGCACUGCCUCCAAACUCCGCCCGUCGACGACUGGACGACCGCAGCUUUAGUGCUGACCGCAUCCCCCAGCCCAGCACUAAGGCGAAGGGGGUCUCCGCCGACGAACACAGCUAUAACGCUGAGAGAGCUUACCGUGGCAACGCUCGCAAUCACGCAGACUCCGAACGCACCGCGCCUCACAACGCUAACCGCCAGCAAACGGUCAAUGACGAGAGGCUGGUGUCGAACGCUGUGUUCACCAACGGCGGGUUACGGAGGGAAGGUCACCGGCGCGGAGAGAGUCUGGACUUGUGCGGUAACAACAUCGUACUUAAUAACAACAAAAACGGCAGUCAUCAAAUGCCACCACAGCACAAAGAAAAGAGCAAAUCCAAACCCGAUAAUCAAAACCCACCCAACAUCCUGCCGGUGUCUGGAAAACUGGAGCAUGUACAGACCAACGACUCUCUGGUGCGUCCGUCAGCCUUCAAACCUGUGGUGCCCAAGAGCUUUCACUCCAUGCAGAACCUGGUGUGCCCCCUUCAGACCAGCUCAGGGAUGGGCGGGGAUCCGGGCAGCAGUGGCAGUGGAGGCAGCGGAGGAGAGAAGGGGGUCCAGAGCGCUUCUGGGGCCCAGUGGGAGCAGGACAGUCCCAGCAGCCGAGGGACGCACACCGGCGCGAGCAGACCCGGGCAGGGCAGUCUGUCUGAUUCCGGGAGGAACUCCCUCACCAGUCUGCCCACCUACACUGGGUCAGGCUACGGACCUCCGCCUGUGCUCGGCCCGCUCAGUGCCUCCACCAGCCACAUCAACCGGCUAGGCUCCAUCGCCCUGGAGAAACUCGACAAGCCAGGUUACCAGAACGGGCUGAGUGCGUCCGACAGCGGCCGCUCCUCCUCAGGCAAGAGUUCUUCAUCGUAUCAACGCCUGAGUCACCUGAGCGACGCUCCUGCACCUCUGAGACCGUCUCCGUCCUCGGAUGAUGUCAUACAAGAUCUGGAAGACCGUCUGUGGGAGAGAGAGCAAGAGGUAAGUGAGGUGAUCCACAUGCGGCGUAACCUGGACCAGAGCGAGGCGGCCAUCGUGCAGGUGUUCGAGGAGAAGCAGCGUGUUUGGGAGCGCGAGAUGGAGGACUUGAGGCAGAACUACGCUGGGCGUCUGCAGCAGGUGUCCCGACGGGCUCAGCGCACACAGCAGGCCCUGCAGGCGCAGAUCAGCCGUCUGCAGCAGGACAAAUGCAGACUGCAGGACGAGAUGACCCUGCUGCUCGCUCAGAGAGAAGAGCUGGAGAAGAAGUGUUUGGACUACAGGAAGGAGCAGGCCGACAUCCUGCCCAGACUCGAGGAGACCAAGUGGGAGGUGUGCCAGAAGGCCGGUGAGAUCUCUCUCCUGAAGCAGCAGCUGCGUGACAGUCAGGGUGAGGUGACCCAGCGAGCCGGAGAGGUGGUGGCACUGAGAGGCCAGCUGAAAGAUCUCAAUGCCCAGCUGAGAGAGAGAGAAGAGGCCGAAAUCAGCCUGAAAGAGUCCUUCUGUACAAAGACCCUGGAGCUGGAGCGCUGUGAGGCUGAACUACAGACCAUGCUGGCGGAGGUCACAGUGCUGAGAGACAAACUGAGCGCGUUUGAGACAGAAGUGAGCCGGCUGAAGAAAGCCUUGAGUGAGCUGAGCAGCAGCAGCAGCACCAGUCAUUCCAGCGAGCCCAGUUUGGCUGAAAUGGGGCAGCUGGUGGUGUCCCGCAGCCGAGAGCGCCUCCUGUCCCCUCUGAGCCCUCCGGAGAAGCCCACGUCUCUCCCCGCCCUCCCUCCUCUCGCCCAACUGCCCGCCCUGCCCUCUUCAGACCCACUGCUGACGCUGCAGAGCGACGACUCCAAGGUCCAGAGGCAGGAGUCGGGCAACCUGCGGCGGCAGCUGGAGCGUCUGCAGGGCGAGCUGCGUUUGGAGCGGCAGCAGCGUGAGCGACAGACCGUCACCUUUGCGCAAGAACGCCAAACCUGGCAGGACGAGAAGGAGCGGGUGCUGAAGUACCAAGCGCAGCUGCAGCUGAGCUACGUGGAGAUGUUGCAGAAGAACCAGGUGCUUGAGGAGCGCGUAGACAAGCUGGGAGCCCAGAUCGCCACUCCGUCCCUGGCCUCGCCCGCCUCGCCGCCCCCAGUGGCCACUCUGGACGCCCCCACACCCGUUUCAUUGUCUAUAUCGCUCACCUCCCCCACCCCUCCGGCGGAGGAGAUGAAGCUGCUGGAUCUGCACCAACUUGCUCCGCCGUGGCCGGUUCCGACUCGACUGGAGAGGAUCGAGUCGACGGAGAUCUGA